AGUUACAAAUUGCAUUAAAAUCUCUGCUUUGCAGUUAUCCAUCGCAGGUUUCCGUUGUACUCGGGCCCCAAAUUACUGCUGAAAGCUUUCCAACACACGGCGCGGAAUUUGUCUUGAGUUGACGAAGAGGCGGAGCGUCUAGUCUGGGGCCACCGAUUUUGUAUUUGUAGCCUCAUUCUGCGAAUUAUCGUGGAGAACUUAUUAGCAUAAAGGAAUCAUAUCAUAAGAAUAUCUUAAACCUCCCUGUGCGUUCCUUGGAGGCACUAAGGUUACAAGGGGAUUAAAGGUUAUGUGUUGUGGAAAAUUGAGGCCUGGCCUAAUCCAGGUUUAAGAACCAAACUCAUUUAUUCUCAGGCCGUUCAAAACUCAAACUGUUUUCUAUAGUAGGCUACUUAAUGAGUUGCCGGGACAAAAUUCACGUGAUAGUUAAAAAAAGCCUAAUUAUUAGCCUAAACCUUAGAGAACAUUUUGAAAGUUACCGGAAUUGUGUUAAAUAAAUUAGGCACUAUUAGGUCCGCAUGUGGCAUUUAUUCAGUAGACCAAGGUCAACUUUCUGAAUGUAGCUCGUUCAUCGUGUGAAUUCAACUUAGAAUGAUUCUUUAUUGCAAAAUUUGAACGGAGAAGCGAUGAUCUAAUUAUUAUUAUGAGUAAUCAUGUCUUCUGAUUUACAAGCAUAAUCAUUAAUCAUCAUACACAUUUCAAAUAACUUAAUAAUGACAAUAAAAAUGUAAGAUGUUAGACUGAAAGACUGAAAGGUAUAGUGCGAAUAUUUUUAAAUGUAGGGUAUUGUUUUAUAGGAAGCCUGGGUUACAGAAGCCACAGUCCUUUUCUUUUUUUAAUGCCGAUGGUGUUAUGAUAAACAGUAUUGUUUGCUCGCAAGCCUUAAAUCGUAAACACUGUGUUCUUGACUUACAAACUUCUAAGAAUAGACUACAGUAGCAUAAUUUGGCAGGGCUUUGUAUUUAUUUUUUUAGAAUGUCAUAUGAUAUGAAAUAUGACAUUUAAAAAUCAUAGUCAGUAGAAAAAAGUAAAAAGUAUUUAUGUUCAGCAGAGAAUGUUUCAAUUUUCACAAACUAGGCCUGUUCGCAAACCAAUUAGAAAUUCAUUCGUAAUUCAGUCAGUAUCUUCGUUAAACAGUUUGGAUCUGCCAUUAAUUAUCUUUCAAUGUCAAUAUACAAACAAAACAAGUGAGCGAGGAUCUGUCCAUUUCUUUUCUAGAUCACGUGAUCCUGGCCUCAGUUGGACUGGAUAGAGAUGGAUUUCCACGUCAUCUUACGUCUCAAAAUUUCUGCCUCGCGGAUACCCCUACAACUCGGGUGAGAGGCACGCGCACAUGAGAGCUAUGUUGUGGGCGUUGCGUACAGGUCUCGCUAGCCUAAGCUAGAAGCUGCGCGGGUACAAUGAUGGAUUUUGACGAGAGGGUUUCCGUUGGGUCCAACAUGUAUCUGCCCAGCUGCACUUAUUACGUUCCGGGGGCUGAUUUCUCCACGUUGCCCUCUUUCCUUUCCCAAAGUCCGUCUUCUCGUCCAGUUACCUACUCUUACUCAUCUAACCUCCCUCAGGUACAGCAUGUCAGGGAGGUUACAUUCCGAGACUAUGCUCUUGACGCGUCCAGUAAAUGGCCUCACCGGGGUCCUCUAGCUCAGUGUUAUCCGUCGGAGGACAUAGUACACAGGGAGUGUUUACCAGCGCCAACGACAGUUGGUGAAAUGUUCCCCAAGAAUAAUGCAUCUGCGUAUUUUCACUCAUCGAACUCGACCUCCGCGUCCAAUUUCUACGGCAGUGUUGGAAGAAACGGGGUGCUUCCUCAAGCGUUUGACCAGUUUUUUGACACCGCCUACGGGGGCUCGGACAGUGUAGCGAACAGCGACUAUGCAGCGAGGGAUAAAAUGCACUCCAGCAAACAGCCAACGCCAGCGCCCGCACCGGAGCAGGAGUCCGAAGGAAAGGAGCGACAGGAGACCAGUAGCCCCGAGUCUUCUUCCGGAAACAACGAGGAAAAGACUAGCGGUGCGAGCAGUGGACCCAGGGUUCGCAAGAAGAGAUGUCCCUAUACAAAAUUUCAAAUCCGGGAGCUAGAGAGGGAAUUUUUCUUCAGUGUGUACAUCAACAAAGAGAAACGACUUCAGCUCUCAAGGAUGCUUAACCUCACGGAUCGCCAAGUGAAAAUUUGGUUCCAGAACCGGCGGAUGAAGGAAAAGAAACUAAAUCGGGACCGGUUACAGUACUACAGUACCAACCCACUGCUCUAGGGCAAGGAAAUAACAACAGAUACAAUACAACAGCUGCAGUAAUGAGAUCACAUACGAGACGUUACACAGACUCUCAGCGGUUAACUUCAAGUUCGUGACAAGGCACCAUUCACGUGUAUACAAUUAUAGAGAGCAUAUAGGACAUUGCAAUUCACAUUUUAAAUACGGGUUGUUUGUGCUCGUAAUAGAUAAAUGUACACAAUUUUUGGCGAACAGAAAUUAUUCAAUUAAGAGCUCGUGAUAUACUGAACAUGGACUAUACCGCUUGCAGUUGUUAUGGACCACUCGUAGAUUGAGUGAAACUGGCUGAAAUAUUUGGGUCUAAACAAGGAAAGGCUUUUGACAAGCCAUUCGUAUGGCGUGUUAAUUUUUUGUGGAGGACUGUUGUAGCCUACAAGUUGGCCUAAUGUCUUUGGAUUUGACCAGAUAUAAAAGAAAAGCUAAAAUGUUAGCGUGACUGCUACCAGUUUCCAAAUUAUUUAUUUGAUUUGCCACCAAAUAUAAUUUUCAUCCGUCGUUGUUAGUGAACGUCUUUAAGCAAUAAUACUUUCUUCUACGGACGUCUCUCGGGAAUGUAAACGACUCAUUGCAAGCAACUGUGUACUGACUAAAAUUUGAUAAUCCAAAAUUUUCACUUGCUGCAAACUCUGCGAACACAGAAAUAAAACACAGUGAGCCCGACCCAACGGAGAAAAUGCAAUCUUGGUGAACCUCAUCCCCAAUCAUAAACAUUUUCGGACUUGAAAUUGGUGAUCUUUAUGAAGUGACUCUUUCAGGCUCAAGAAAUAACGUUUUCACAAUGACCUUAAUCGACCAUGUUCUACUCUGCACCGCUAUUAACAUUAUCCUGGGGUUAAAAUAGGGUUUGGCUGAUUGUAAUCCAGAAAAUCAUCUUUAUGACAUUUACUUCUUAAAUUAAUUAAAGGGGUACAACGUAUAUUUGUAGUAGCCUAAAACUUUUUUUUUUCAAAUAUAUCUAUAAUUGUGUACAUAUGUUUUAUGCAUGAGUAUACACUUGCACUUUAUGUGCAUUUAUAUAUACAUAAAAAAGUAAUGUUUUGUUUUUCUUCUUUUUCUUAAGAACUCUCUCGGACCACAAGAAGAAGCAAUUGUUACCUUACAGUUUUACCGUCACAGUGGUUACAGUACUAUUUGCAGUUAUCAUCUGAAUGUUUAUGGCUGUACACGUAGUGUUCAUAUAUGACAGCCUAAGAGCAAUAAACUAAGACAGUGGCAGAGAGAAAGAAAGUAGAAGAGAGGGGGAGAGAAAGACUGAGCUUUUAUGGUAUCUUGCUGCAGAGCGACAUGGCCUGGCUGGCGCAUCCUUUGAGGCGCUGAGGAAUAUCCGCCUAAUUACGGGGACAUCCUCCUUGUUGCUUCAGCAACACGACCAUAAAAGCUGUCUGUGUCUGGAGCAUUUGGGCAAUUGCAGUGUGGUGUCAUAAACCGUCUGAGAACCAAGGUUAUUAGCCACGAUUCCAAGGGGACAGAGGCAAAGAGAUUUUGACGUGCGGCUUUCAGGAGUGAUCCUGUGCUUUCUGCCUGUUGUAUUAAUUUCACACUAAAGGUUUUUCCUGCCGUGGCCGUGCGUAGUGCUGUUUUCUCUGUUUUAUUUAUUACUUAUUAUUAGUUUUUUGUUUUUAUUUUAGUUUUCUCUAUUUACAUAUUGACUUGCAGUGAUAACUGUCCCACGAGUAGGUUCAAAUGGCCUCCAUUGGGAGGCACUCGUGAGAUCAAUGUCAUGGCCGUGGAUCAUUGAUUGAACAGGAUAUUUGCAGACUCAAAUGUUUCAAUGCCAGAUCGUUGAAUCAUUGUUUUGAGGCAACA